CAAUGUUCCACAACAUCAUGGAGGUGCUUCGUGUUAUGUUGACCGUCGUUGUGGUAACAAGAGCAGUGAGAUCAGAAGAUCACGUUCCAAUGUUUACCUCUAUGGGUCAUCAUCACAAAUUUACCGUGGCCGAAAACAGCCCAGUGGGGACUGUCAUUGGACAAAUAAUGGCGACCGACCAAGAUGGCGCUCGAAACCUUACGUUUGACACUGCAGACAACGACACGGCUACACUGAUACGAAUAGUGAAUGUUCGUAAAUCUGGAAAGCAAAUCACAGCCGAUCUUGCACUAAAGACACUAGUAGACCGAGAUUUUGCUCCAAGUAACCGACAUAUUCACAUUUCAGUCACCGAUGGGCAGUACAAAGCAAUUUCAAGAUAUGUACUUGUUAUUACCGACAUGAAUGACAACGCCCCGAUGUUCACUCAACACGAAUACAAAGUUACAGUAUUACAUUCGUUGCCCAUGCAUUCCGUGGUUCUUAUUGUGAUUGCAACAGACCCUGAUGCGACUUUCGGUGGGAGAGUAUCGUAUAGCAUACAGACAGACGACUUGUUCGCUUACCAGGCGUUCAGGGUCAACCAGUACACAGGGAUGAUAACUCUGCACAGCCCGCUGUUAACUCACAGACAUACCCUGUUACACUUCAACGUUAUCGCCACGGACGGAGGUGGACUGUCCAGUUCUGCGAAAGUGAUCAUACACGUGCAGUGAACAUCAGAAUACAAUAUCUACGUAACGAAAGGAAAAACAAAACAGCAAAAACAUGUCAGUGUUGGACACAUAGCCAUACAUCAAUCAUACACGUGUUAAUGUAUAUUUAAACAGAAAUGAAUAAAAAAAAAAAAAAAA